AUGGGCGCAUACAAGUACAUGAACGAAGUUUGGCGCAAGAAGUCUUCGGACACUAUGCGAUACUUGCAGCGAAUUCGGGUCUGGCAGUACCGAAACCUCAACACCAUCCACCGAGCUUCCAAGCCCACUCGACCAGAGAAGGCCCGACGACUCGGAUACAAGGCCACUCAGGGCUUCGUCGUUUACAGGCACAGAGGAAUCAAGAUCCGACGAGGUGGACGAAAGAAGCCUGUCCCCAAGGGAGCUACCAUGGGUAAGCCCACCAACAUGGGUGUGUUCGUCCAGUUCGCCCGACGACUUCAGUCCGUCGCUGAGGAGCGAGUUGGCCGACACUGCGGCUCUCUCCGAGUCUUGAACUCCUACUGGGUUGGUGAAGACUCCACUUACAAGUACUUCGAGGUCAUCCUCGUCGACCCCAACCACAACGCCGUCCGAAACAACCCCAAGCUCCAAUGGAUCACUGCUCCAGUGCAGAAGCACCGAGAAAUGCGAGGCCUUACCUCCGCUGGCAAGCGAUCCCGAGGUGUCGGCAAGGGUCACAAGUUCACCAACUCCAUCGGUGGCUCCACCCACGCCGCCUGGAAGCGACGAAACACCCUUCGACUCCGACGAAAGCGAUAA